AUGAGUAUUAUUUGUUUUAAAUGUAAACAACCAAUUGAAGAAGGACAAGUUAUUAAUGCGUGUGGUAAAACAUAUCACCCAUCACAUUUUUCAUGUAAAGGGUGUGGAGAAUUAUUACAUAAUAGUGAUUAUCAAGAGAUUAGAAAGCAACCUUAUUGUAUAGGAUGUGCUACAGCUAUGGGGAUGUGUCGUAUUCAAAAGUGUUCGAGAUGUGGAAAAGAUAUUUAUGGACAAGUUAUUGAUAUAAAAGGAAAAAAAUAUCAUCCAGACUGUUUUAUAUGUGACAAAUGUGGUAUAGCGUUUAAUGGAAAUAAGUCAUAUGAAAAAGAUGGCAAAAUAUAUUGUCAGUCAUGUUAUGUAUCAUCAGAAGGAUUACUUUGUUAUGUGUGUGGAAAUAUAAUAGAAGGUAAAUUUAAAAGAGUAGGUGAUAAAAAAUUCCAUGAAGGAUGUUUUGUAUGUAGUGUAUGUGGUAUUCCCCUUAAUGAAAAUUUCUAUUGUAAUAAUAAUACUUUAUAUUGUAAUGAACAUAAAUUUAAGUUGAUGGGUUAUAAAUGUGGAUUUUGUGGUGAAAUGAUUGAUAGAACUGAUUCUAAUUCUAUUAUUGCUUGUGGUAGAAAAUGGCACGCUGACCAUUUUAGAUGUGCUGAAUGUCAUAACCCUUUAUAUGAAACAACUGCAAGAAGUUAUUUAGAUAAGGUGUAUUGUCCAAUUUGUUAUGACGGAAUAGUAGUGACUCACACUAUUAAUUACAAAUAA